AGUCGUGCAUGAUCAUCUUAGUGGAUGUGGCCCUGAAUCCGGGCCCUGGCUUUAUUAACGCGGGGUCAAGGGCGCUGUGUUUGUCAUCAUCCACUCCGUAAAAGACGUCAUCGCCUGGCUACGAAGUUACAUCAACAGUCUGAAUGACACCCCAUACGUACCUACAUUUAUUAACUGCGGCCCGGUUAUCGAUAUACCUCAACCUCAACCACAACUGACCAUUCAAUCAUUAAAUAUGGCUAAUAUCCUAAUCGUAGGCGCCACUCGUGGUUUGGGUGCAUCUCUUGCAAACAACUACGCUGCGCAGGAAUCAACGACCGUUUAUGGAACCACUCGUGCUGCUGCCGGCCCAUCCAAUUUGAACGAGAAGAUUGUAUGGAUACCUAAUAUUGAUGUGGCAGAAGAGGGUGCAGACAGAAGAUUGGUGAAUCAGUUAGGUGUGCUUGGAGGUGGCGGUGGAAUGGUCGAGGGUGGACGAGUCACGUUUGAUAUUGUUGUAUGUCCGCUCACCUUAUUAGGUUGCACGAAAAGAAGACUGCGUUUAGGGCGCUAUGCAUCAGCAGAGAAGGACUGAUUGAAACUCAGAUCAUCACGGCUGGAUAUUUUGCUACAGAAGACUUUGUCAAUGGUCCAAAAUGGGAUGAAGAAGUGAAGAUGUACAGUAAGGACUUCUCAAAAUUCACAACACUAUCAAAUCUUAGCUUCGCAUUCACUAACGUCUUAUUCUUUAGCAACGUCAGCUAUUUCUCCUCCUUUUAUAGUCCGCUCAUUGUUUCGCGCCAAAAACAUCACGAAAGGCUCCAAAAUUCUUCUUAUUUCUUCCGAAUCCGGCUCAAUUACAUUACGACAUGAAAAAGAAGGUGGCGGCAAUUAUGGACACCAUGCUUCAAAAUCUGCGUUGAACAUGGUUGGAAAACUGCUAUCGCUAGAUCUGAAGGAGCAUGGGAUAAUUGUGUCGAUUUUGCAUCCUGGAUUCAUGCGGACAGAAAUGACUAAGGGAGUAGGAUUUGAUAAAUAUUGGGACGACGGAGGAGCAGUGACGCCAGAUGAAGCUGCGGUGAGCUUGGUGGAAUGGGCAAAGAAGUUAGAUAUGAGUAAGUCCGGACAAUACUGGGCACCUAGGGGUCCUAGAGAUAUCGGUACUGCAGAUGUAACCAUCGGAACGGAGCUGCCUACACCUUUACAACUACCAUGGUGAUGGAAUGAUGGAUAUGGUAUACGACAAUGAUAAAGGUGAUGACAAUAAGUUGUAUUAGUUCAUGUAGCUCUAGACUUAAGUUCUUUUAACCUCCAUGUCAUAGUUUCGAAUCGUAUAGCGAGCAGAUACUGAAGUGCAGAACAAGACUGAGUACAAAGAAGGGCUUGUUUGUAUAAGUCGAUGGGCGGAGGAGGAAAGAAUUGAUUGACUUUCAGUCGCCGUAUAUCCCUCACUCUAACAAGAUUUUUAUGCCUAUUAUCGCUUGACACU